CAGCCGCACUCUCCGGAUCAGCCGAGGCGGCGAGGUGGGCACAUCCCACGGCGCCGGGCGCUGCCUCUCCGCCCAGCAGCCGGGAGCCCGCCGCGCAGGAGGCAGCCGGCGUGGCCGAGCGGCGGCGCUGCCCGGUGGAGCACCAUGCUGGAGUCCAUCUGUGUCACCGAAAAACUUCACUGGCCUAAGACAGAGCUUUCUAGGAAAUCAGUCCUGAGUCUAGACAUACAUAAGCUGGACAUUAAUAAUGAAAACAGCCUUCAGCCUCCACCUUCUGGGAUCCUUAAGGACAUUUUCACAACAGGAACCAGUAGCUACAACGUCCUUUUGCAGAGCAAAGAGGAGAAGAAACACCACGCUCCAAAGCAGCCGUCCGCCCACCACAAGAAGCACAGGAAGGCCGCCAAGAUCGGAAGACCCGCCAGGCGGCACUCCGGCCUGCCCAAGCCGAAGCAGGCCCAGCAGUCCUCAAAGAGCCGUGGGAAGGAUGGCGAGGCCGCUGGGCAAAAGCUCUGUUUGCUGACUGCAAUCAAGCCGUCCAAUGUGGAGAAAGAGAAGGUUAAGUUUUUCGACUCCGAUUUCACGUACAAUCCUCAAUUUGAAUAUGAAAACCCUGCUCUGCCAAACGUGUUAGCUAAGCACAGCCAUGCAUCUGACAGAUUUCUUAAGCAGUCAAUUAAUAUUAUGAAGCGGACAUUGCAGAAAUAUGGAAGCUAUGAAAAAUUUGAACAGGCUGCUGGAGGCAGCUUGCUGACCAAAAGUCGCAUCUGGAAUCACGUCAGGAAGUACAUGGUGAAAGAGGGCUGUCUUGGUGAGAUUGUGGUCCAUCUCACAGAGGACCUGCUGUCCCGAGCCUCCAUGACCGUGGUGAAUGGCCGCCCCACUCUCACCAUCAAUGUCUCCACUGCGCGAGAGCACUGGCUGGAGGGGAUGCUGAGACACGAAAUUGGAACUCAUUACUUUCGGGGUUUUAACAACAACAGCCAGCCUUGGUGCAACCGUAAUGGACGUAGAAAACAUGGGUUAAAACCAAUCAACCCUACAGAAGAGGGGCUAGCAAGCAUUCACAGCGUCCUGUUCCGCAAAGAUCCUUUCCUUUGGAGAGCUGCCCUGCUCUAUUACACAGUGUACCAGGCCAGCCAAAUGUCCUUCAGUCAGCUUUUCCAGGACGUGGGGAAAUUUGUCAAGGACCCUAAUACUAGGUGGGAUUACUGCGUACGCGCCAAGAGAGGAUGGACUGACACUUCACAGCCAGGCUGUUUCAAUAAGGACCAGGUGUAUUUGGAUGGCAUCCUCCGAAUCUUGAGAUACAGGGAGUCCAUUGAUUUUCAUCUUCUGACAGCCCUUGGAAAGAUCUCAUAUGAGGAUGUGGAUCGCCUGAAAGGAUUAGCUGUGAUUGAGAACAUGAGGGUGCCUCACUUUUUGCAAGACCACACCCGGUACAUGGAACACUUGAAAAAGAUAAUGGAAGUCAAUGAGCUGACUGAUGAGGAGCUCCAGGAUCUCAUAAAUUAACAGUAUUAGACCUCCAUUCACUUACUGUGUGAGGAUGUAGAACUGAACUUCCCAGAGCUUGCAAAAAGGGACUUAUGAGGGAUGGGAGGAAGUGUGGCCAGAAUAUGUAGAAUUCAGAAAAAGACCCUUUAUGUCCUUUUGUACUGUGAUUGUAUUCUGAUUAUUUUUUAAAGGGAUUGUGCAUUUUUUGUAAAAUUUGGCUUAGAAAUUCCUCUGCAGUGAUCUGUUCAAUCAUUUACUCUCUUUUGUAUGCUUGGUAUAGUGCUCAGUGCUAUUUCUUGUAACAUAUUGCCUUUUCCCACCCAGGUUUAGAGGUGGAGGAAAGGAGACAGAGAAGAAAUUUCCCCUUAGUUCACUUAUCUUUGGUCAUAGCUGUCACCGUUCAUAGCGAUAGAACUGCUUCAUUGCUGUCUGCAUAACUUUCCCAUUUAGUCAUCAUUACUAUGAAAACAGAAAGUUUAAAAACAGUGCACAGAAGCAGGUCUUUGUGCCACAGGAUCAAAGUUCAUAACAUUACAAAAAGUUUCAGGAUUUUUUUUUUUUAGUGAGAGGAUUAGUGUUUUAAAAAAGAGAGAAAAGGUAGGUAGUGCUGUUUUAAUGACUGUAAGUGAGUAGCAAAGCUCUCCCUUUCAUUCCCUCAAAAAUUACACCAUUCUACAUAUUUAUGUGUAUAGUACAUGUUUCAGGAAGCUGAAUUCUAGGAAGGACCUCCCUCCUUUGAGGACAAGCAUAGCAUGUCUAGAAAAUUCAGCAUGGCAGUGUUUUGGAAGGAGGAUGGAGCAAAACUGUGAUUUCAAUAUACAUAGUUCUAAAUAAAUUCAGGAACAUAGGGCCAUGAUCCAGCACAGCAAGCAACACUCACUUCUUCGUUGGGUCACCUGAGCCUACAGAGGAUCAGGUCGUAUUUUUGAGCAGUACUCCCACAUUACAGCAAACUUGAGCUUGCAGAGCUCAUUUCAGAAACAAGAUGUGACUGGGGGAGUGAAGAGAACUCUGAAGUGCCCUAUUCCUAUGUUCCAACAGAAGUGCUGCACCACUCAGAAGCCACUUUACCUCUGUUUUUACUGCUGGUGCUAUAUCUAGGACCAAGAGAGAAAGCUCCUUACAGCAAAGAGCAUUCUCUAGACGCAUGAUGAAUAACUUAGAUGAUGCAGGAGAACUUACUACAUAAACUACAUUUUCUGAUUGCGAAGUAUUAUGGAAUUGGUGAGGCAAAGUAUAUAAGUGUUCUGACAGAAAGGUUUGUUUUAGUAGACAGAAUUUUACAAGGACUCCUUUGAACUCCUGGGAAACAGCUGUGGUAAGAGAGGCUGGGCAGAAACUAGUGGGAGCCUUGGAGAGGGCUUCUUCCUUUUCUUACUCUGCUGCUUUUGCCCGCUGGUAACAGGCCUGGCAUGAGGUAAGGUGAGUAGAUGGAGCCAAGGUUCCCCCCACGCUGCAUUUGCAUGGACCUGAGCCAUAGUAUCCCUCCUCUCUUAUCCUGUUCUUUAAUGUAACAAAUGCAGUAACUCUCCCACCUUGUUUUACACCCAGGACAUUACCAGAUAUUAAAGUAAAAUCCUGAAAACACAUUUUCUGAUCCAUAGGAAAAUCUGUGAGGAAAGGGUGACAGUUGGCUAAGAGGGCUGAAAGUUUAUGAAUAAUCCCAUAAAAGCAGCUGCCUUUCAGAUACUAUUGCAGGUUGUUUGCAAUGGCUGGCUGGCUGGCUGCUGCAAAAAAGAAAAUGUGUUCAACAAGCAUAAAUUUAUUAAAUUUAGUAAUUUUCAAGACAAGGACUGAGAACUGCUUGCAGCAGCCUUAAUUUUGUGUUGUCAGUAUUGUUCAGGAGCUGAAAGCCAUUCAACUUCUCGAUGCCAUUUUCUCUCCUUUCCUCCUUCAGGCUGUCUGGUUUGGUCACUGGUGAUGUUGCCUGCCCAGCUUUAUUUUAGAGCUGUGCAGAGCAGACAUGGUGUUGCAGCAGCCUGACAGAAGCCAUUUGCAGUCAGUUAUGCACAUCUGCUCCAGGUUUUGGCUCCUUUGCCAGAAACAGCAAGAAAGCUACAUAUGACUGAAGUCAAGCCAAGGAUUACAGUCAAGAGCUGUCUUAGGAGUAAACUGGACAGAGAUCAUUUGAGCUACACCGUGAAAAAAUCUGUCUCACUUUGUUGACCCUAGGGUAUGCAAAAGGGGCAAUCCUUUAAGAAAUUAAGAAAUUUUGAACUGAUUUUACUCUGGCGGGAGAGAUCCCUGCCUUUCUCCUGUGACCUCCUCAUAAACAAAAUGGCUUUCCUCUUCCCACAGUAGUAGCAUCUUACAAUCUAAGGGCAUGUGCAUGUGUCCUCAAAAGCAGGAGGCUGUGUGCCAGUCACACUUUUGCCACAAAAUGCCAUGCCUGCAGGCCUGACACUUUUACCACUCUGUAGCCGUAAACACUACUACAGGCUUUUUUGCUUUACUUGAACACCUGCAUCACCUUUUUUUGCAAAGCAGUAGGUGCCAUUAAACUUCUAGAAAUGGAUUUGCCUGGUGCAAAGUUUGGAGUCUAGAAAUGGUCAGUAUUAAUAUGUAGCAAUAGGUGAAGCUGUCAGCUUCUGUUUCCAGCAUUAGACCCGUCAUUCCUCCUUUGUAAAAAUGUUUCAAAUUUUGAAGUGUAGCUUUUGUAAAUUUUCCAGAAUUUUUGUUAUUCAUUGUGAAGAGGCUGGUUACUGAGUUGUGAUACUGAAGUUCUGUGAUAGAGUGUGCGGACAGCAGUGGUGAGCAGCAGUGAGUUCAUGUCACUGCACAGUUUCAUGAUGUCAGUGCUGUAUUGGCAGCCUUUCCUGGCUACCUGGGUUGGUUUUUUUGCUUUGUAUAUAUGUCUUGCUAUGUUAUUCCUAUAGAGAAACCUGGUUGGCAUUGGAAAAGCCUCUUCAUUCCACCAGAUCAAUUUUGAAAGGCAUUUUAUAAAACUUUUACAAAUAA